CCCCUUUCUCGUCUCCCCAUCCUCUUUUCACCCCUUUCAAAACCCCGCAACAGAACAAGCGAUGUCGACGAGCGGACUGAAGGCGAUUGCGCCGGUGCCUACGGCUACCGAUUUCUUGGACAUUGUGUUGUCCAGGACGCAGAGGAAGACGCCCACCGUCAUCCACAAAAACUUCAAGAUCAGCAGGAUACGAAACUUUUAUAUGCGCAAGGUCAAGUUCACGCAGGAUACAUUCGACGAAAAGCUUUCGGCCAUUCUUACCGAGUUUCCUAUGCUCGAUGAUCUUCACCCCUUCUUAUCCUCCCUCAUGAACGUCCUUUACGACAAAAACCACUACAAGCUCGCGCUCGGCCAGCUGCGUACGGCUCGCCACCUCAUCGACCAGGUAGCAAAGGACUAUGUCCGUCUGCUCAAGUUUGGAGACAGUCUUUACCGGUGUAAACAGCUCAAGAGGGCUGCGAUGGGUCGUAUGGCUACUAUCAUGCGCCGCCAAAAAGAUCCGCUAGCCUACCUCGAACAAGUCAGGCAACACAUAUCCCGUCUGCCCGCCAUCGACCCCAACACCCGCACGCUCCUCAUCUGCGGCUACCCGAAUGUCGGCAAAUCGUCCUUCAUCAACAAAGUCACCAGGGCCGAUGUCGACGUUCAACCGUAUGCGUUCACCACCAAGUCGCUCUUCGUCGGCCAUCUCGAUUAUAAGUACCUGCGGUGGCAGGUGAUCGAUACGCCCGGGAUUUUGGACCACCCGUUGGAGGAGAUGAACACGAUCGAGAUGCAGAGUAUUACGGCGUUGGCGCAUUUGAAGAGUUGUGUUUUGUACUUCAUGGAUUUGAGUGAGCAGUGUGGGUACACGGUCGAGGCUCAGUGCAAACUCUUCCACUCCAUCAAACCCCUCUUCGCCGGCAAACCCGUCAUGCUCGUAAUCAAUAAAAUCGACGUCACCCGUCUCAACGACCUCGUCCCCUCCACGCGUGCCCUCGUCGACGAAAUAAUCACCGCCCCCGACGUCGCGCACAUCCAAGUCUCUUGCUACUCCGACGAAGGCGUCAUGGACCUCAAAACCAAAGCCUGCGAUCUCCUUCUCGCGCAGCGCGUGGAGAACAAGCUGAAGGGAAGCAAGAUCAAUACGGUGAUCAAUAGGAUACAUGUUGCGCAGCCGAAGCCGAGGGACGACGUGGUUAGGGAGGCGUUCAUACCGGAGAAGGUGAAGGAGAGGAAGAAGUUCGAGAAGGAUGAUCCGGAGAGGAUCAGGUUGGAGAGGGACAUUGAACUGGAGGAGGGAGGACCGGGAGUGUAUAAUAUGAACAUGAAGAAGAACUAUAUGCUCGCGAACCCGGAGUGGAAGGAGGAUAUCAUUCCGGAGGUCAUGAACGGGAAGAAUAUUGCGGAUUUCAUCGAUCCGGAUAUUGCGGAGAAGUUGGAGGCGCUCGAGAGGGAAGAGGAGAAGCUCGAGGCGGAGGGAUUCUACGACAGCGAGGAAGAUAUGUUCGACUCCGACGACGAACGCGAAGCCGCCGCCUUCCAAGUUUCACUGAUCGCCAAAGACGAAUCCCAACACAAAAAGAAGAACAAAAACGGGGCCAAGCUCCCACGGACACACGCCCACCGCACACUCACACAAAUGACAUCCGACCUCACCGCCGCGGGACUCGAUACCUCAAGACUGGAGGAGCGGGCCAUCAUGCUUGCGAAGGUGAAGGGCGCUGGUGUGCAAGGGAAGAGGAAACGCGGGGAUGAUGAUGAAAUGGAUGUGGAUAUGGAUGGGGAGGGUGAUGAGGCGCCGGAGUUGAUGGACGGAGGGGAGGAAUGGAUGGAUGUGGAUGGAGAGCAGCAGGCGCCGAGGAAGAAGACCAAGACAAAUGAGGGACGUGUGGUGGCGAAGAGGGAGCCGAGGUCGAACAGAUCGUUGGCGGGUAUGCGGGACGAUGUGCAAGCUUCAAAAGCGGUCAAGCUGCGGAACCUUGGGCAGAGGGAACGCAAUAUGCAGGCCAAGGCCGGCGAGGGCGAUCGUACGAUCAAAACGAAAAUGCCAAAGCAUCUGUUCGCUGGCAAGCGGAAGGGCGGCAAGACUCAGCGCCGUUGAUCGCUUCCUUAUCACCUUCAGAUUGUUGUGCUUUACGUCUCUCUUCACCUCAUUCCAUACAUCUCUGCUCCUUCACGUUUCUCUUCCCCUUCGUUGGCUAAGUUAUGUCGCGGUCUGUUUGAAGUCGUCCGUUACUAGGUUGCGCUCCUUCGGUCCUGUCCUAUCUGCUUGUAUCCCUCUUUCGUUUCCUUUUCGCUAGUUAUUGACUUGCUGUUGCACGCGUCUGCUGUGUAUUCCGUUAGACCCUUGUCUUCUCUAUCGCUUUCACUUUUUCAUGUCAGGCUUGAGGCUAUCACGCCGUGAUUGACGCGACAUCUUACGCCCAUCAAUCACACCGUGGGUUACAAUCA